AUGGGAAUCAACCACAUCACACUCAUCACACCUCCUGAGUCACAACCGGCAUUGGAAGCUGCUCUGGCCACAAAUCCAUCCCUUACAAGCCUACCACGAAAGCCGGAGAUUCUCGCGCCUGCAGAUCUUGAGCAGACGACUGGAACGGGAGAGCUUCUGCGGCUGGAAGAAGUGCAAAAGAGCAUUAUCUCCGACUUCAUCAUCCUCCCGUGUGAUCUCGUUUCAGAGUUGGAUGGCAACAAGCUGCUUCAACAGUGGAUGACCCUUAACCCGCUGUCCUCAAGUAAUAACAAGCGUAAAGGUGCGCUGGCCGUCUUCUACCCCACCCAUGGACUCGAAGGGAUCAGCAAUAAGAACGACGAGACGGAUUUCAUCGCGACGGUGCCUCUUCAAAAGCCUGCCGUUCCAGCUCCUCAAGGUUCUCUCCGCCCUGAUAUUGAAUCUUUGGUAAUGCACAUUCCCAAGGACUCGCUGAAAGAUCGCAUCGAGGAAGAUAAUGGUAUCUUCAAGCUUCGAGUUCAACUCGUCCAAAAAUACGGACGCGUCAAGUUAAAGAUGAAGCACCGCGAUGCCCACGUUUACGUCUUCCCCAAAUGGGUCAAAGACUACGCGGCACGGAAUCCCAAAUUUGACUCCAUUAGUGAAGAUGUCCUCGGUUGGUGGGCCAAAGCUCAAUGGCAAAACGGUCUCGGAGAGAAACUCGGCAUGGACGAAGUCUUCUCCCAACAUCCCGACUCACCAGCUUCGGACGACCUGGAGAAUUCCCAACACAUGCACGAUGCGGACGAAGAAGACACUUCCGAUCCAUCACAGCUCUCUAGCACAAAAGUCUCCACAAUUCCCGCCCGGUCAUCCAAAACAUUCGCAAGCCGCGUCGGUAGCAUAUCGCCUCUCUCCACUUCGUUUGAAGUGCCUUCUCUCGAAGCAUAUAUUCAACCAAACCCCACGCCAUCUACGCCUCUGAUUCGAAGAGUGGACACAUCUCCAGCACUACUCAGCAUAUCCCUCCACAUCGCCAAGCAACCGGCAACUCACCCUCUCGCUCAUGAAAACAAGAUCCACCCCUCUGCAAAGGUAGGUCUGCAAACGCGAAUUACUCAAGAAGACUGUUUGAUCGCCGAGAACGUCGCUAUCGGAAUCCGAUGUGCGAUCAAGGAGAGCGUCAUUGGUGCGAAUUGCGAGAUCGGAAACAAUGUUCGAUUGACGAGAUGUUUGCUGAUGGAUGGUGUGGUGGUUGGUGACGGAGUGCAGCUUACGGGAUGUGUUGUGGGAAGGAGAGCGAGGAUCGAAGGAUUGAAGCCUGCGGAAGUGGAGGUCGAUGGCAAAGGAAAGGAGGUCGAAGGGAAGGGURAGGGGAAGAAGAAGGAAGCUGAUGAGGAUGACGACAAGACCAAAUUAACGGAGUGUGAGGUUGCGCCAAAUUUCGUGGUCAGAGCGGGGACCGAGAGCAAGGGGGAAAAGAUGAUGGCGGAGUUGGAGGGCAUGGAUGAUGAUGACGACGAUGAUUUCGACGACGAUGCGGAUGAAGGUGAAGACUGA